AUGGACUUUUGCGAGGUCACCGGCGUCCCCAAAGACAACAUCGUUUUCGUCUCAGCCGUGUCGGGGACUCAAGGCAAAGGAGUUGUCUGCGAACGACUUGGGAUCUCUCAUUUUGUAGACGACAAGAUCGAGGUGCUCAAGUCGGUGUUUGAGGAUGAGGUGUACGGGGAUCAUAACCAGAGCUCGUCCGCUUCAGCCUUGGAGAUCUUGCUCGAGGAGGCAGCAUGCCAGAAGCUCGUCGAGAGAGGACUCAUGAGCAUUAUCUCGCAGACUCGCGCCGACGAGGCGGCGUUGGUUGGGCUUGUGUUGCAGGAUGAGCCAGAGAGCUUCCAGGUUGUCCUGAGACCCAUCACAGGGUGCAAGCUGGGAUUAGCAGUCAUGGAGUUCGGUCGAAGACUGUUGGUGGCCAUGGUCCACCCGAAAGGAGUGGUCAGCACCUGGAACGCGACUUACCCGGACCUGUCUAUUGAGGAGCGGGACUUAUUGGUUCAAGUGAACCACGCGACCGAGUACUUCGGCAUGGUGCAGCAGCUGCGGUUUUCGCAGGUGCUGCUUCUGAAGCUGCAGCGCCAGGAAUCCAUCAAGUCACGACCCAUCCCCGUGCGCGCAAAAUGGGAGCCGCGGGUGGGUACUGGCGAAAGUUCAUCAGAUCUGGAUUCGAACCUUGCACUUCGCGCUGUUACUGAGUCGUUAGGGCCACACAGUCCGUCCACCUGGAAGAGCGCGGCGACCUGUGUCGUUGAACAUUUCGUUCAUCAAGAGCAUCUCUUUCUUGGAUUCUACGGCUACCGGAUCCUCACCAAUCGGACAUGGGCGGAUUGUCCCGUCGCCGGACAGACUCCGAUUCUCAGCCUCACCGUCAAGCAGCACAUCGAGCAAGCGGGUCAUACUUGGUACAUAGUCUCCUGCGAGCUGGUGCUUUUCAACGCCGGCCAGCGGGACGUUCUGAAGUGGGAGGCUCCGAGACGACUGGCGCAGUUGCGAGCAGACUUGCACGAUCGGGUGAAGUUCGGCAUGGAGCCGAAGGAAUACAAGGCGCUCUUUGAAGAGGCGCCUUUUGCACAUGCCGGUGGUCCGAGCGGCACAACGUUGCGUUUGUCGAAUUGGAUGUCCGCAUUGGCAGCAUGUAUCAACAAGCUCAGCGUAACUCCGGCCGUCGCCUCCUUUACCUUGACUUUCUUGCACGCUCCGGCGUCUGCCAAGAUGUUCGACGUGGUCGACGCUGGGUACGCCUUCGGAUUCAGCUGUGAGAAGUUGGGCGGCCCAUGUUGCCAGAUGCAUAUGUUUCAUGAGCUGCAGAGCUCGCUCAACUGGUGCGGAAAGGCUUUGCUGGCGGUUGCCGUGGCUCUCUGCACCCAGUCAGCCAUGUGGCGGAUUGGAAGUCUUGCCAUUUGCCUCAUUCUCUGCCUUGUAGGAUUCUUCUGGCGUGCCUCUGCGUCACUCGUUUCUCGGACCAGUCGAACACAAGGGAUGAGAGCAGACGAGCCUGCGUCAGAGGCUUUGGACCCUGGGGCUGGUACCAGCCUUCAGCGCUCAGAUGUGCUGACUGAGCGAAUUCAGCAGCUCAACACGAGGACGAGGAUUUGCACCAGAGAAGAGUGGGAGGAGGCGUACCUGCCGGACAUCCUCGGGGCAAACUGGUCAAAUCGAGUGUCCAUGGAGUGCAGUAUUUGCUUGGGCCAAAUCGCACCGACUGCGCGGAUACGGGGGCUUGGCUGUGGACACAUGUUCCACCUCCAAUGCUUGGCCGACUGGUUUCUGCGGGACUCCACUCUGGAGUUACGUUGCCCUCUUUGCCGCAUGAGGCUGGCUGAGCAGCCAUGCAUUCGACUAGAGGGUUUGCGUGGUUCUGACCACUCACUCCUUGGAUCUUGA